AUGGCGGAGCACAUACCCGAGGAAGUUGUGAUCAAAGUUCUGGAACGGUUACCGGUCAAACCCUUAAUCCGGUUCACCUGUGUUUCAAAGCGCUGGCGUUUCAUCAUAUUGUCCGACCCACAGUUUGCCAAAUCCCAGUACAAAUUAUCCAAGGGAUACCAACCCGGCCGCAGACUUUUGCUCACCUCCCCUGACCAUCGUCAAUUUUAUUCCCUAGAUUUCGAGUCGUCGUUAGGAGACAAUGUCGUUAAAAGAAAGGUUAGAAUCCCAUUUAAGUCCUUGGAGGUCCAGUGCUCCUGCAAUGGUUUGGUAUGUGCGACUGUGAAGGUUGAUGUCUCCAAAGCAGCAAAACCUGCGUUUCAUGUGUAUAUAUGGAACCCAUCAACAGGAUUCUAUAAAAAGUUACCUGAUCCUUCCUUGAAACGAGUUCAUGGUAUUGGCUAUUUGUCAGCCACCGACGAUUACAAAAUUCUGAUGAGCGGUCAACAGAUGAACUGUCAGAUUACUCAGAUACUCUCACUGAGAGCUAACGUUUGGAAAACGAUCCAAUGCCCUUUCGAUGAUCUGGACAGGUGUAGCAAGUGGAUUCGUGUAAAUGAGGCACUCCAUUGGUUACGUAAUGCGGUUAUUGUUGCUUUUAAUUUGGCAAUUGAGGACUUCCGAACAAUGCCGCUACCUGCUGCUCUAGAAUUCAAGUAUCUUGAUAAUGAGGGGUCAAUCAAUCUGGCAGCUUCUGUUGGAGGAUGCCUCUGUGCAUUUCAUUGUCCUAGUUUUUUCAGAGGCUCUAUCGAUAUGUGGGUAAUGAAAGAAUAUGGGGUAGCUGACUCCUGGACUAAGCUUUUCAACUUUCAGGUCCCCAAUCGGCCUGAGAAAAUAUAUAGAUUUGGAUGGCUAGAAGUUUGGGACAGUAGAAUAAUUUUUGCGAGAACAGAAAGGCGGGAUGACGGCAUAAUGAGAGAGUACCAGGUAAUGAGUGUUCAUCAUCAGGAAGAUAAGCAAGAAACUCAUCAUACCAUUUGUGAAGUGAUGAGAUUUAUCCAUAUAGCAUAUGACGAGAGUCUAUUUUGGCUACCUAGCUAA